ACCAACAACCAACCAACAAAGAAGAGAAAGAACUUCCACUUCCGAAACACAGAAGAAAAAAAAAAAAAAAAACAGAAAACAAUCUACUCAACAAAAGAAGAAAAAUAGCAACAACCCACCAUCUCUCCUGAACGACUACUACCCAACACACCAACAGAUGGCUAAGCUGGUCACCAACACCAACGCUCGACCGGCCACCAAACGAGUCAUCUCAGAGUCAUCCUCAGAAGAAGACACACCCAUCGCCAAGCGCUCAAAAUCAGAUACAAAAUCAGCUCAACAAGCCACCCUACCCACCCCGAAUUCAGAACCAAGCCAGGAUCCCCCAACAUCAUCUGCCCUAUCUAGCGAGGAUGAGAUCGAAGGGGAAGAAGCAACCCCAAAGGAGGAGGAGGAGGCUGGAGAUGAUGAGGAUGAGGAGGAGGAUGAGGAAGUCGACGAUAGUAGCGACGAUGACCAGCCAAUCGCCAACUCAAACUACAAGCCAACAUUGACCCCAAAACGAUCGAUCGACGAGAGUAGUGCUUCGACUACACUCACCACAAAUACCGAUCGUCCAAUCACCGACGUCAGGAAGCUACCUGCGAUCAAGAAAAACUCGCAGCCCAUCAAACCCAAACCCGACCCUGAUUCUUCCUCUGACGACGAUCAACCCCUCGUUUCUCGUCAGCCUGCUCCCGCAACAGUCCCUGUCACGACUGCCAAACAGCGCGUUAGUGUCAAGAAAGAAGAAUCCGAGUCGGACGACUCCAAACCAUUAGUCUCCAGAGCCGCCGCCAAACCCAAGACGACCAAAACCACCAGAGCGUCAAAGAGAGCAGCCCCCAAGACACCAGCAAAAGGCAAACAACCGAAGCGCAAGAAAAAUGCAAACAAUGAUGAUGAUGAUGAAGAUGAGGAUGGAGAUGCUAAAAAUGGCCCAGAUGGUGAGAAUCGGCCAGAUGGGGAAACCCAACAAGACGCAGAAGCUCAACAAGAGGAGGCAAUGUAUAGAUGGUGGGAGGAGAACAAAGAUGAUGAUACUAAGAAAUGGUCGACUCUUCAACAUAACGGCGUCCUCUUUCCUCCGGAAUACGAGCCUUUGCCUGGACAUGUCAAGAUGAAAUACAACGGCAAGAGCGUCGAUCUGCCCCCUGAAUCCGAAGAAGUCGCCUUCUUCUAUGGAUCUAUGUUGAAUAGUGAUCACGUCAAGAAAGCUGUUUUCCGUCAAAACUUUUUCCAUGAUUGGUUGGAAGUUUUAAAGGAGCAUCCACCUAGGGACGGUACGAAAAUCAAAGAGUUCUCCAAGUGUGACUUCACGCCGAUGUUCGACUAUGCCUCAGACGAACGAGAGAAGAAGAAGGCUAUGAGUAAGGAAGAGAAGAUGAAGAUGAAGAAGGAGAGGGAUGCGCUGGAGGCGAAAUAUAAGACUUGUAUCUUGGAUGGAAGGGUUGAGAAAGUCGGUAACUUUCGCGUCGAACCGCCUGGUUUAUUUAGGGGUCGAGGCGAACAUCCCAAGACGGGAAAAUUGAAGAAACGCGUCAGAGCCGAAGACAUUCAUAUCAAUUGUGGGGCCGAUAGCAAGUUCCCUGAGCCCCCUCCAGGGCACAAAUGGGCUGACAUAACCCACUCCGAGAAAGCCAGUUGGCUAGCGUAUUGGAAAGAAAACAUCAAUGGAAACUUCAAAUAUGUUUUCCUGGCCGCCGGGUCAUCAUUGGGAGGCCAAUCAGACCUAAAAAAGUUUGAGAAAGCACGAAAGUUGAAGGAUAUUAUAGACGACAUCCGGAACGACUAUCAAACGAAAUUGAGAGAUCGAAUGAUGGCCGUUCGUCAACGCGCCACAGCGAUGUAUCUGAUCGACAGAUUUGCAUUGCGAGCGGGUAACGAGAAACAAGCUGGAGAAGAGGCAGAUACCGUUGGUUGUUGUAGUUUGAGAGCCGAAAAUAUCACUCUUGAACCCCCUUGUACCGUCACGCUCGACUUCUUGGGUAAAGAUUCAAUCCGUUUCUUUAACAAAUUCGAGGUCGAUGAAGCCGUCUUUAAAAACUUGAAAAUCUUUACCAAAGGUUCAUCACCGAGAGAUGAAAUCUUUGAUCGAUUGACCACAGGCACAUUAAACAAGCAUCUCUCGAGUUACAUGUCAGGUCUGACAGCGAAAGUGUUCCGUACCUACAAUGCGUCGAUUACGUUUGAACGACAGUUAGCGAAAAACAUGCUCGAACUAGGCGAGGAUGCCAAAGAAGCCGAGAAGAUGGUAGCCUACAACAAAGCGAAUCGGCAAGUUGCCGUGCUCUGUAAUCAUCAGAAGGCCGUGAGCAAGAGCCAUGGCGCCUCGAUGGAGAAAUGUGCAGACCGAAUCCGGAUCCUCAAGUAUCGCAGACGGCUCUGUAGAAUCGCCUUGCUCAAUCAUGCCGAUGGCCUCGAUCGUUCCUCUCGCGCUAAAUAUCAACAAGACGAAUCCGAUCUCGAUGAGGAGUGGAUGGAUAGACAUGAGGCUGUUACCGAAGAAAAGAAAAGAGAACUGAUCGAAAAAAGGUAUAAAAAAUGGGAUGAGGAGUUAGAGAAACCGGCUGAACAAAGAGAACAAGUGAAAAAAGCGAAAGAGGAAGAUGCUCAGAAGAAGGUGAAGACGGAAGUGAAGCGGAAAGUGAAGUCAGUGAAGGCGGAAGAAGAAGCGGAGGUGAAGGCGGAGGAGGAUGGCCCACGGGGGACGAAGGUUUCGCCGUUUGAGCGCUACGCGGCGAUGGAUCGAGCCCAACGCGAGGAAGCGCGUCGGCAAGAGUUGCUAGGCUGUGAGGGCAUUGCCGAGUCGAUGAAAGCUAAGCGACUCGAAGGAUAUCCCAGGGAGACCGCCGUCGCCGAACUGGUGAAAAGAAUCGGGAACUUCGAUAAGGAAAUCCUCAUCGCUAAGUCGCUCCAGAAGGAUCGCGAUGAGGGAAAGGAAACUAGUUUGGGGACCUCGAAAACUAAUUAUAUAGAUCCGAGACUCUCUUUUGCUUGGGCUAAGAAAUAUGACGUCAAACCUGCUAAAAUCUUCGCUAAAACUUUACAAGAAAAGUUUACUUGGGCAGCUGCAACACCAGCCGAUUGGAAGUUCUGAAAAAAACACUGAACAAACAAACAAACAUUUAAGGAAAAAAACAAUUAAACCUCAUCUCAUCUUUUCUGUUUUUCUUUUUUACUCUUCUUUAUACACCAAUCAACAUCUACAUAAAUAUAUAAGCAAGAUAACACAAGCAGAUCAUACUUGUUUAUAGACCCACCCAAACUAUAUAAAGUACUUUUUUUGAGUGGGGAUGUAGGAGACAAGGGAAAUAGAAAAAAAAGGAUAUUGUUUUUGUUUUUUUGUUUUGUAUGAUUAUAUUUAAGCUAUACACACUACACAUACUUACUGACUCAAGUAUCCACAUACCAUGAGUCUCAAAUCAACUGUUUUUUU